CCGCACAUCCCACAGCAGCUCGCUCUUCGCAACCGCCUCAGCUCUGCUCAGUCUCUACUCAGCCGCACCCCCGCCAUGGCUCCGCUGCUCUCUCGGUCUGGGUUGGCGCUGGCGGCACUGCUGCUGCUGUUGGCAGGCCUGGGCGCGCCGGGGGCGCACGCCGACCCGGCCGCUGCCGCCGCCGUGGGGCUGUGCGUGCGCAACUGCGCGCAGUGCAAAAAGAUGUUCGGACCCUACUUCGAGGGCCAGCUGUGUGCCGACUCCUGCGUCAAGUUCAAGGGCAAGCUGGUGCCCGACUGCGAGGACUUCGCCUCCAUCGCGCCCUUCUUCAACAAGCUGGAGUAGGCCUCCCCACCCCUGCCCCCGCCCCUGCCCCGGCCGCCGCGCUCGCGCCCGCGCCCACAUCAUGUACUGCGCUUUGUGUCAAUAAACCUG